AAAAUAAACUGGUUUACCUAAUCGCAGCCAAAAUAUGCAUGUAACGUAGUGCUAGCAAGAUGCCGAUGACAAUACUGACGAUACAAGAAGUUAACAAUAUCAUAAGUGAACACUUCAUCAAGAUUUUCGGAAAUGUCGUAGAACACUACCCCGCUGCAGCCAUCGGGAUUCUCAGAUGUAGGCCAUUCAAAAACGCUGGGGAUAUUUCAGUCGCUUUUAACAAAUUUUUGGACAAACUGAGCUUGAGGGAAAAACAAAACAUUUUGCAAUUGUAUCCAGAUUUAGUGGCCAAACUGGCUGAUUUGAGUAAAUUUAUGUUACACAUUGAACAGUAUCAGAGGAUUUCUGGAGCUGAUCUACUGACCAUUGAGGAUAAACAGAAGUUGGGACAGUUGAAUAAACGUUACAGGGAAAAAUUCGGCUUUCCAUUCGUUACCUACGGAAAAGAAUACAAAGACGUUUUCACGAUAUUCUCUGAAAUGGAAACGCGAAUCGAAAAUAAUAUUGAAGAGGAAACGGAGCUUGCGAUUAACGAAGUGAAAAAAAUUGGAAAAUUGAGAAUCUGCGAAAUUUUGCAAAGAUGAACGAAUGUUUAUUAUUUGUCAGUAUAUCCUUGUACAUAUUUCUUUUUUAAUUUUAGGUAGGUAAAUAAAUAAAAUUUAAAAUCCA